CUUCUUGACUUUUAACAACCAAGUAAAAAAUGCCAGCUGUGGAUCAAAACAAGCCAAUUACAGAGCAAACACCUUCAAAGAAAGUCGCAAAUCAAUUAGAGAACAAGCUUAAUAUGGUCAGCCCUGUAAAAAAGCCUUCAUUUGGUGAACAACCAAAUGGUAGAGACCAGCCAGAAGAAGAGGAGGAAGAAGUUGUAGACGCUAACAACCUUGACCUUUCUGGUUACACGGCAGAAGAGCUGCGUGGCAAAUACUUCGUUGGUGACGUGAACUGCAAAGAAGAAGACGAACCACUUUUGAAGGAAAACCCAAGAAGAUUUGUUUUAUUCCCAAUUCAAUACACAGAGAUCUGGCAAAUGUACAAGAAAGCAGAAGCUUCUUUCUGGACUGCAGAAGAAAUGGACUUGUCGAAGGAUAUCACGGACUGGCAGAACAAGAUAAACAAGGAUGAGAAGCACUUCAUUAGUCAUGUAUUAGCAUUCUUCGCCGCAUCUGACGGUAUUGUCAAUGAGAACCUACUCGAAAGAUUCUCCUCUGAGGUACAGCUCGCAGAAGCAAGAUGUUUCUACGGUUUCCAGAUUAUGAUGGAGAAUAUACACUCCGAGACUUACUCACUUUUGAUUGAUACCUACAUACCUGAAGCAGAACAACGUGAUUACUUGUUCAACGCUAUUGAAACUAUUCCAUGCAUUAAGCGCAAAGCUGACUGGGCAGUUAAGUGGAUCAAUGACGAGAAAGCAUCAUUUGGUGAGAGACUAGUAGCAUUUGCUGCCGUAGAAGGUAUUUUCUUCUCUGGUUCAUUUGCAUCCAUUUUCUGGCUCAAGAAGAGAGGUUUGAUGCCUGGUUUGACAUUCUCUAAUGAAUUAAUUUCACGUGACGAGGGAUUACACACUGAUUUCGCUUGUUUACUCUUUGGACACCUUAACCGUAGACCACAUCCAAAGGUUGUUGAAAAAAUCAUCACUGAAGCGGUCACGAUAGAACAAGAGUUCUUAUCAGAUGCUUUGCCUGUCGCUUUGAUAGGUAUGAACGCGAAAUUAAUGUGUCAAUACAUCGAAUUCGUAGCAGACAGAUUAUUAAUCUCACUCGGAAAUGACAAGUACUAUAACGCGACGAAUCCAUUCGACUUCAUGGAAAUGAUCUCGCUGCAAGGAAAGACAAACUUCUUCGAAAAGAGAGUUUCAGAUUACGCCAAAGCAGGUGUUAAAGCAGACGACACGGCUGGAAAGGGUAAAGAGUUCACUCUUGACGCAGACUUCUAAGCUAGAUUUUUACAUUUCGAGCAUUUUUGUACAAUAUUUAUCCAUCUUUGUUACUUCUAUCAU